ACAGGUAAAAAUAGUACCCAACUUGUGAAUAUUUGAUCAAGUGGAUUUGAGGUCGAGAGUGACCUCCGAACAUAACGAAGGACAAGAUUAGAUGAGUGAGCUUUGCGAGCAAGGUGAUCUAGAUGGAUGGGCCUUUUCCGGGGCUGGGCUUCAAACGGCUUACUUGAUUUGAUGGACAUGUCAUGGAUUGGACAGGACAAAGCUUUGGGUUAUUGCUAUUGGGCUUUGGGAAUUUGGGCCGAGCCUCCUCUUUAUUCCAAUGCUGAGCCCCCUUGGCAUUUGAAGGCCCAGGGUAUGGGGCCCGCCAGCCACAAAAAGCUACCACCGCACGCACCCAGACCUCAGACAGGAGAGGAGAGAUUUCACAGGUCAUUUCUCCGAUUCUCUUGGCCAUUAGAACAACGUGAUGAUGGCGAUGCCAUUGCCAUGGUGAUGAGGAAGGCAGACAACGACCAGACCAGACCAGUCCUCCACAGCAGGGCAUCAUCGUAUUAUUCAUAUACGAGCAGUAGCAGAGUCGCCGUCGUCCGUCGUCGUGGAGAAUCAAGAUGAGGAAGGCGAACACAGCACAGUCGCCGUCAGGUAUGGACGAAGUGGAGCAGCUUCUGCAGGCCGCGCACGACGAUGUCCUUUUGAAGCUUUCCCUCAACUCCCACGUUGCCCGCUCUGCUUCUCAUUCGCUCGAUCCCGAUCUCUCCCGCCGCUUCCAAUCUCUCAAAUCUCCUCCGCCCGCUCCAUCCCUCUCGCGACCAAAACCCUCACCUCCUCCGCCUCAAGUUGACGACGAGCUGAAGACCGUCCUGGCCGAUGAUCUCUCUGCUCGAUUCGCCGCUCUCAGAGGUUCCCUUCAUCCUUCCUCGUCCUCAUCAUCUUCUCCUUCUGUGGCUUCCACGAACCUGGUUCCCUCAGGGUCAUCGCUCGCUUGCGACGGCCGAGGUCGAGACCCUAGCUGUUCGAACCCUGACGAUGAGGAGGAUGAAGUCGAGAAGAUCAUCCAAUGGGCCAAGGACGCUGCGCGUCUCGAUCCCUCUCCUCCGUUUGACGAAGAGCCUCGUGACGAUGACGAGGAUGAGGAUAGCGACCUUGAAACCAGCAGCAGCGACGAUGAUGACGCAGGCGAUUCUCACGACAAAGCCAAGAGGACGGAGAAUAGACCACGCCAGAGGGGAAAUCCUAAGUGAUGGUGGAAAUACUUGAAUGAUGUUAAAUUCAAAAGCAGGAGCCGUUCAGUCCCCUGUGAGAUGGUAAUUAUCUUCUGAACUCUCUCUAAUUUGCUAUAAAACCGGGUAAUGAUUACCGAUGCUCAUCAUAGCAGUCAUUCUGCGUGCCUAUAUGUGGAUACGCAUUUGGUCUUCUACUUUGACCAUGAGCAUUUGAAAUGCGAGAAGGUUUGAUAUGCCAUUGUAGAUGGACUUAUUGAAGAAAGGUUAUGUGAUGAUGGGAUGCGCAUGGGGCUGGGCCUGAGCUCACUACUGAAUGUUUCUAUAUGUGAUCGCAUGUGCAAGAUAAUGGCCCAAGGCUGUUUGAUUGCAGUAAUCUGUAUAGUAAGACCCGUAAUCUGUUUGUGUAAUGUAAGCUGAACCUCUUGUGCAUGACAUGAAAAUUGAUGCCGGACUAGUCUGAGCUGUUGGCCGAAAUUGAUACUCUUUCACAUGUGAUAUAUUAAUGGACGGCCUUAGCAGAUAUUACUCUGCUGCCUUUUUGGUGCUGCA